CAGAUUAUAAUAAUUCUACUGUGGUCAAAAGCGUUGUUUAAACAUGCUCAGCUGUCUGUGGAGGUUUGUUUGUUUGCAUCUUGAUGUUCAUGUUGAUGUUGUCUUGGCAUUUCGAAGUUGUUCACCAGUCUCUUGUCACUUUGUCGAGAUAUCGGAUAUGGUGAACGUGCUUGGUUUCUUUCUGUUCACAUCCACACUCGCAUGCAUGUCUUGCAUCUCCUUCAACAUGACCCGAACAUGGCGUGCACAUGGCACAAAGGCUGAGAUGCAGCUGAUGAUGGGGCGUGCCAAAAAUAACUUGUUUUAGGGUUUUUCUUUCGAAACCUCGAUCGGACAAGAAAAGGACAGGGACAGUCGGGGCAAUUCCUUUUAUCAUUUAAUCUGCUGUUCGGCUGUUGAUACGCGCGUCUUCAAGGCUUUGAUUCCAGAGGAACAGAG